GGUUAGGUACCUACCGAAGGAUAUAUGCCUCAACUAAGAAUACCGACUUUACGGGGACUGUGCCCCGCGCAAGUAGGUAACUUUGCAUCGAGGGUGAUCUACCUCGCAGAACUCACCUAGAUUGCCCUUCAGGACCACCUGCGUGGAUAUCUUAUGAUCAGCCCUUGCAACAAUGGAGUGCGAUACAAAGACCCCUCCCUAUGUGACGAGCGAUAAGACAUCGUUCGCCUAUAUCUCAGCGCGCGAUCGAUGGCCCGUAAUUGUCACCGGCGCCAUCGACGAUACCUACCGCUCUGUCACCCAAUGUGACGAUCCCGACAAGCGCGAUGACGGCAAGAAGAUUGUCGAGGAGCUCGCGCGCCUGAAAUACGAAAUGCAGCACGACAGACAGUUAACACCGAUUCGGGACGACGGCUUUCCAGACGUUGCGUCCUACAAUCACGAACUCGACAAGUUGGGCCCACUAACCUGGUUCUCCGCACCGUGGCUGUACUGCGAAUGCUACCUCUACCGUCGAAUCAGCACGUCCUUUACUCUCUCAACACACUGGAAGAACUACGACGUGUUCGCGCGCCAAAAGAUCGACACCUUCCGCUCUUCGCGUCCCGCCGUGCUCGAGCUCGCCGCACGCUACAAGGACCUCGUGACGCAGAUGGCCGCUGACAAAAAGAACAACAAGACCGCUACUGACAAUGACGACAACGAGGCGCGCAGACUGCUGUUCACUGAGAUGUGCGAGAUUUGUCUUUGGGGAAACGCUACGGAUCUGUCGCUACUCACAAGUCUGACGUACGAAGAUAUCCAGAAGCUACAGGGGUCUGAGGCGAGGAAGGCGUCCGAGAAGAACAUCUUGGUAAACGAUCUCGGAGCUGCUUACGAGGUUCUCAAGAAGGCGCGGAGCGAAGGCAAGCGGGAACGGCGCGUGGAUAUUGUCCUCGACAACGCCGGCUUUGAAUUGUACGUCGAUCUCAUCCUCGCAGGCUACCUCCUCUCGUCCGGGCUCGCUACCCUCGUUGUCCUGCAUCCCAAGUCGAUCCCCUGGUUCGUGUCAGACGUGUUGCCCGGCGACUUCGCCGCCUUACUCGGCGCCCUCGCCAACCCCAAAGCGUUCUACGAAACGCCUUCCGACGAUGAGAAACGCCAAGACAAGACGCCGCCGCCUCUCUCUGACAAGGAAACGGACGAGCUCAGCUUCCUCUUCCAAGAAUGGGCGCGCAUGCAUGCCGAGGGACAGCUCAUUCUAAGACCGAAUCGUUUCUGGACACACGCCGGUAGUUUCUGGCGGUUACCGACCGAGGAGAAGACCCUGCUAGCCGAUCUCCAAUCCAGCGAGCUCGUCGUGUUCAAAGGCGAUCUGAACUACCGUAAACUCACUGGCGACGCGGCCUGGGACCCCACGACGCCAUUCACAGAGGCCAUCGGCCCCCUGGGUCCUGGAUCGGGGGUUAACGUCCUGGCUCUCCGCACGUGCAAGGCCGACGUCGUGGUCGGUCUUCAGCCCGGCGAGGAUGAAAAGCUGCGGGCGAUGGAGGGUGGGGGCGGCGACAGCGGUGCGAGGAAGUGGGCGUGGAGUGGCAAAUGGGCUGUCGUGUCCUUUUCCGGGGGGAAAUAAAUAGAUGAGAGAGUGUCUCGAGAUAAUGCCGUAGAUGGAGGCGGGUAGAUAUACUGAUUCAUAGACGUAGUGGCAGAAUCUUGGACAGUAUAAGUAAGCAUUGCGGAACCGCGUUUUAGAAAGAAGCAUGUAGAUAGACCCAAGCCAUAUAGACGGGCACUCCUCACGGAUUAG